UUAGUGAAAAUGUCUUGUUCAGCAAUAUUUAUUCUAGAUCAGAAGGGAAAUGUAAUUAUGUCGCGAAAUUUUCGUGGAGAUAUAGAUGUUUCUGUUAUAGAGAAAUUUAUGCCGCUACUCGUUGAGCAAGAGGAUGAGGGGAGAGCUUCACCAAUUAUACAAAAUGGAGAACUUAGCUAUAUUUUUAUUAAACAUAUGAAUAUUUAUUUAGUUGCACUUUCUCAAAGAAAUCCAAAUGUGGCAAUGGUUCUUUCAUUUCUUUACAAAUGUGUUGAAACUUUUGUUUGUUAUUUUAAAGAUUUGGAAGAGGAAUCAGUUCGUGAUAAUUUUGUUGUUAUUUAUGAAUUAUUGGAUGAAAUGCUUGAUUUUGGUUAUCCACAGACAACAGAACCUCGAAUUCUUCAAGAAUAUAUAACACAAGAAACUCAACGACUGGAGAUUGCACCUCGUCCACCUAUGGCUGUUACAAAUGCCGUUUCUUGGCGUUCAGAGGGUAUAAAAUAUAGAAAGAAUGAAGUGUUUUUGGAUGUUAUUGAAUCUGUUAAUUUAUUGGCAAAUGCUAACGGAACUGUCCUUCGAAGUGAAAUUGUUGGGUCAAUUCGAAUGAGGGUUAUACUUUCUGGAAUGCCUGAAUUACGACUUGGAUUGAAUGAUAAAGUUUUGUUUCAGGCUGUUAGAAGUCGUGGUAAGGCAGUAGAGUUAGAAGAUGUCAAAUUCCAUCAAUGUGUCCGCUUAUCUCAUUUCGAAAGUGACCGAACAAUAUCUUUUAUUCCGCCAGAUGGAGAAUUUGAAUUAAUGAGUUAUCGACUAUCUAGUGCUCAAAUAAAACCUUUAAUUUGGGUACAAGUACAAAUGGAGAAACAUGCACAUUCUCGUGUUGAAUAUAUUGUGAAGGCAAAAUCCCAAUUUAAACGUCAAUCAAUUGCAAAUCAUGUUGAAAUUCAAAUUCCCGUUCAAAGCGAUGCCGAUUCCCCAAAAUUUAAAAGUAUUGUUGGAUCUUCCCGUUAUGCCCCAGAGAAUGGGGCAUUUAUUUGGACAAUAAGAAGUUUUCCUGGAGAUAGAGAAUAUUUAAUGAGAGCACAUUUUAGUCUUCCUUCUGUUGAAAAUGAUGAAAGUGAAGGGAAAGUACCUGUUUAUGUGAAAUUUGAAAUUCCUUAUUUUACUACAUCUGGUUUACAGGUUCGUUAUCUGAAAAUUAUUGAAAAAAGUGGGUACCAAGCACUUCCUUGGGUACGUUAUGUUACACAAAAUGGUGAUUACCAAAUUCGAACCUAG